GCAGGAACCCGCGGCGAUAGGCCCCGGCGGGGAAAAGGAAAGCGAGAAGGGACGGGGCCGGCGGCGCCUCAUCCCACUCAAGACGUGGAGCCGGCGGCAGGCGGAGCUCGGGCUGGAGCGCCUCCAGCCUCCUGCGAAGGUUUCAGCACAAAAUGAACAUAAUUAGGGAAAAUAAGGAUCUGGCAUGUUUCUACACAACCAAGCACUCAUGGAGAGGAAAGUAUAAGCGAGUCUUUUCAGUUGGAACCCAUGCAGUUACUACAUAUAAUCCCAAUACCUUAGAAGUAACAAAUCAGUGGCCUUAUGGAGACAUUUGCAGCAUCAGCCCUGUUGGGAAAGGACAAGGAACAGAGUUCAACCUCACAUUUCGUAAAGGCAGUGGGAAAAAGUCAGAAACGUUGAAGUUUUCUACAGAGCACAGAACAGAGCUGCUUACGGAAGCUUUGAGAUUUAGAACUGACUUUGCAGAGGGAAAAAUCACAGGAAGGAGAUAUAACUGCUAUAAGCAUCACUGGAGUGACACAAGGAGACCUGUGAUUCUGGAAGUAACUCCUGGAGGCUUCGACCAAAUAAAUCCUGUAACCAACAGAGUGCUGUGUUCCUAUGACUACAGGAAUAUUGAAGGCUUCGUAGAUCUUUCUGAUUAUCAGGGAGGAUUUUGUAUACUCUACGGAGGAUUUAGUAGAUUGCAUUUAUUUGCAUCAGAGCAAAGAGAGGAGAUCAUUAAAAGUGCAGUAGAACACGCUGGCACCUACAUAGGCGUCUCCCUGCGGACCAGGAAAGAGCCACUGGAGUUCGAGCAGUACUUGAGUCUCCGCUUUGGGAAAUACAGCACCGAUGAAUCCAUUACAUCUCUGGCAGAGUUUGUGGUCCAAAAAAUAUCUCCUAGACACUCGGAACCUGUGAAAAGAGUACUAGCAGUCACAGAAACAUGUUUAGUGGAACGAGAUCCAGCAACCUAUAACAUUGCAACACUGAAGCCCUUGGGAGAAGUGUUUGCAUUGGUUUGUGACUCAGAGAACCCACAAGUUUUUACCAUUGAGUUUAUAAAAGGACAAGUUCGGAAAUACUCCUCAACAGAAAGAGAUUCCUUGUUAGCAAGUUUGCUGGAUGGAGUAAGAGCCUCUGGUAACAGAGAUGUUUGUGUUAAGAUGACGCCGACCCACAAAGGCCAGCGAUGGGGGUUGCUCAGCAUGCCUAUAGAUGAGGAAGUCGAGAGCCUUCACCUCAGGUUCCUAGCUGCACCUCCCAAUGGCAACUUUGCAGAUGCUGUAUUCAGGUUCAACGCUAACAUUUCCUACAGUGGAGUUCUGCAUGCGGUGACACAGGAUGGUCUCUUCUCAGAGAACAAGGAGAAGCUCAUCAAUAACGCCAUAACAGCUCUCUUGGCUCAGGAGGGGGAUGUCGUUGCUUCAAAUGCAGAACUUGAGAGCCAGUUCCAAGCUGUGAGGAGGCUUGUAGCCUCCAAAGCUGGUUUUCUGGCCUUCACUCAGCUUCCAAAGUUUCGGGAGCGCCUAGGAAUGAAGGUCGUGAAAGCACUCAAGAGAAGCAACAAUGGAGUCAUCCACGCGGCUGUGGAUAUGCUCUGUGCCCUCAUGUGUCCCAUGCAUGAUGACUAUGACUUAAGACAAGAACAGCUAAACAAAGCUUCUCUUCUCUCUUCAAAGAAGUUUCUGGAAAACUUAUUGGAGAAAUUUAAUUCCCAUGUGGAUCAUGGGACUGGUGCCCUUGUAAUUAGUUCACUCUUGGACUUCCUUACCUUUGCCCUCUGUGCUCCAUAUAGUGAGACAACCGAAGGGCAGCAGUUUGAUAUGCUCUUAGAGAUGGUAGCCUCCAAUGGAAGAACACUGUUUAAACUCUUUCAGCAUCCUUCCAUGGCAAUUGUAAAGGGAGCGGGAUUGGUUAUGAAGGCAAUAAUAGAGGAAGGUGACAGAGAGAUUGCUACUAAGAUGCAGGACCUCGCCCUGAGUGAGGGCGCCCUACCUCGGCACCUGCACACGGCGAUGUUUACAAUCAGCUCCGAUCAGCGCAUGCUUACGAACAGACAGCUAAGUAGACAUCUAGUGGGGCUCUGGACAGCAGACAACACGACUGCCACAAACUUGUUGAGGCGCAUUUUGCCACCAGGCUUGUUGGCAUACUUGGACAGUUCAGAUCCAGUUCCAGAGAAGGAUGCAGACCGAAUGCACGUCAGAGACAAUGUGAAAAUAGCAAUGGAUCAAUAUGGAAAAUUUAAUAAAGUUCCCGAGUGGCAAAGACUAGCUGGAAAAGCUGCCAAAGAAGUUGAGAAGUUUGCCAAAGAAAAGGUUGAUCUUGUGUUGAUGCACUGGAGGGAUAGGAUGGGCAUUGCUCAGAAAGAGAACAUAAAUCAAAAGCCAGUAGUUCUUCGAAAGAGAAGACAGAGAAUAAAAAUAGAAGCGAACUGGGAUCUCUUCUAUUACAGUUUCCUGAUUGCAUGUGUGUUUAGGUUUAGUCAAGACCAUGCUAGAUCGAACCUUAUUUGGAAUUUUAAAACACGAGAAGAGCUGAAAGAUACCCUUGAGUCUGAGAUGAGGACAUUUAACAUCGAUAGGGAGCUGGGCAGCGCCAGUGUCAUCUCCUGGAACCACCAUGAGUUUGAGGUUAAAUAUGAGUGCCUGGCAGAGGAAAUCAAAAUAGGAGACUAUUACUUGAGAUUGUUGUUGGAGGAGGAUGAGAAUGAAGAAAGCGGAUCAAUAAAAAGAUCGUAUGAAUUCUUCAAUGAGCUCUACCACCGCUUCCUGCUCACUCCCAAAGUUAACAUGAAGUGUUUGUGUUUACAAGCCCUUGCCAUCGUUUACGGCAGAUGCCAUGAAGACAUAGGGCCCUUCACAGAUACGAGAUACAUCAUCGGGAUGUUAGAGAGGUGCACUGAUAAACUUGAACGGGAUAGACUGAUCCUCUUCCUGAACAAGCUGAUCCUUAAUAAGAAAAACGUUAAAGAUCUCAUGGACUCCAACGGCAUUAGAAUCCUCGUGGACCUGCUCACUCUCGCACAUCUCCAUGUGAGCCGAGCCACAGUCCCCUUGCAAAGCAAUGUGAUCGAGGCUUCCCCAGAUAUGAAGCGGGAGAGUGAGAAGGAGUGGUAUUUUGGCAACGCAGACAAAGAAAGGAGUGGGCCGUAUGGAUUUCAUGAGAUGCAAGAAUUAUGGGCCAAAGGAAUGUUGAAUGCAAAAACCAGAUGUUGGGCUCAAGGCAUGGAUGGAUGGCGACCGCUCCAGGCGAUACCUCAGCUUAAGUGGUGCCUGUUAGCCAGUGGGCAGGCCGUUCUGAAUGAAACUGACCUUGCUACCUUAAUACUGAACAUGUUGAUCACAAUGUGUGGAUAUUUCCCGAGCAGGGAUCAGGACAAUGCCAUCAUUCGCCCUUUACCCAGAGUGAAAAGACUGCUGUCAGAUAGCACCUGCCUUCCCCAUCUCAUCCAGUUACUGCUGACCUUUGACCCUAUCCUUGUUGAGAAGGUUGCUAUCUUGUUACAUCACAUUAUGCAAGAUAACCCACAGUUACCUCGCCUCUAUCUCAGUGGAGUGUUCUUCUUCAUCAUGAUGUAUACAGGUUCCAACGUGCUUCCUGUUGCCCGGUUUUUGAAAUAUACACACACCAAACAGGCUUUCAAGUCUGAGGAGAGUAAAGGACAAGAUAUUUUUCAGAGAAGUAUACUUGGACACAUUCUUCCUGAAGCAAUGGUUUGCUACCUAGAAAAUUAUGAACCUGAGAAGUUCUCUGAGAUUUUCCUCGGUGAAUUUGACACUCCAGAAGCAAUCUGGAGCAGUGAGAUGAGGCGCCUCAUGAUCGAGAAGAUUGCUGCCCAUCUUGCUGACUUCACACCUCGCCUGCAGAGCAAUACAAGAGCACUUUAUCAAUAUUGCCCCAUCCCGGUUAUCAAUUAUCCACAACUAGAAAAUGAACUAUUUUGUAAUAUUUAUUACCUCAAACAACUUUGUGAUACACUCCGCUUUCCAGAUUGGCCAAUUAAAGACCCAGUUAAACUUCUGAAAGACUCCCUUGACGCUUGGAAGAAGGAAGUAGAAAAGAAGCCACCUAUGAUGUCCAUAGACGAUGCUUAUGAAGUGCUUAAUCUGCCCGUAGGCCAGGGGCUGCACGACGAAAGCAAGAUUAGAAAAGCUUACUUCAGACUCGCACAGAAGUACCACCCGGAUAAGAACCCAGAAGGAAGGGACAUGUUUGAAAAAGUAAACAAAGCAUAUGAAUUUUUAUGUACCAAGUCAACAAAAAUAGUGGAUGGGCCAGAUCCAGAGAAUAUAAUUUUAAUUCUGAAAACACAGAGCAUCCUUUUCAACCGCCAUAAAGAAGAGUUACAGCCUUAUAAAUAUGCAGGAUACCCCAUGCUAAUUAGGACUAUAACAAUGGAGACUUCAGAUGACCUCCUCUUCUCAAAAGAAUCACCACUGUUGCCUGCGGCUGCAGAGCUGGCUUUCCACACAGUCAACUGCUCAGCCCUCAACGCUGAGGAGCUCAGAAGAGAGAACGGCUUAGAGGUGUUACAGGAGGCAUUUAGCCGCUGUGUGGCUGUCCUGAGUCGCUCCAGUAAGCCAAGCGACAUGUCGGUGCAGGUGUGUGGGCACAUAAGCAGGUGCUACAGUGUGGCCGCCCAGUUCGAGGAGUGCCGGGAGAAGAUCACAGAAAUGCCUGGCAUCAUCAAGGACCUCUGCCGAGUGCUGUAUUUUGGCAAGUGUAUCCCACGGGUGGCUGCCCUUGCAGUAGAUUGUGUCAGCUCUUUUGCUGUGGAUUUCUGGCUACAGACACAUCUAUUUCAGGCCGGAAUUUUGUGGUAUCUGCUUGUGUAUCUGUUUAACUAUGACUAUACAUUGGAAGAGAGUGGCAUUCAGAAAAAUGAAGAAACAAACCAGCAGGAAGUAGCCAACAGUCUUGCCAAACUCAGUGUCCAUGCUCUGAGUCGCCUUGGUGGGUAUUUGCCUGAAGACCAAGCCACCCCAGAAAAUCCGACCGUAAGGAAGAGUUUAGCUGGCAUGCUGACGCCCUACAUUGCUCGAAAGCUAGCUGUGGUUAGUGCUACUGAGAUCCUGAAGAUGCUGAACAGCAACACGGAGAACCCGUAUUUGAUGUGGAACAACUCCACAAGGGCAGAGCUGCUUGAGUUUCUUGAGUCUCAACAAGAAAAUAUGAUUAAAAAGGGUGAUUGUGACAAAACUUAUGGGGCAGAAUUUGUCUACAGUGAACAUGCCAAAGAACUUAUUGUGGGCGAGAUUUUUGUUAGAGUCUAUAAUGAAGUCCCAACAUUCCAGCUAGAGGUUCCAAAAGAGUUUGCUGCAAGUCUGUUGGAUUACAUCGGCUCUCAGGCCCAGUACCUCCACACGUUCAUGGCUAUCACUCAUGCUGCAAAAGUGGAGUCGGAGCAACACGGGGACCGCUUACCAAGAGUGGAAAUGGCUUUGGAGGCUCUGAGAAAUGUGAUCAAAUACAACCCAGGUUCUGAAAGUGAAUGCAUUGGGCACUUUAAGUUAAUAUUUUCUCUUCUCCGAGUCCAUGGAGCUGGUCAGGUGCAGCAGCUGGCAUUAGAGGUUGUGAAUAUAGUGACAUCCAACCAAGACUGUGUCAACAACAUUGCAGAGUCCCUGGUUUUGUCCAAUUUGUUGGCUCUUCUACAUUCGUUGCCAUCAAGUGAGUAUGUGCACCGAUGGGCGUGGUCAAGUGAGCAUGUGCACAGAUGGGCGUGGGAACCACAGCCUGACAGCUCCUGGGGAUAGCAAUUUACAGUUGACACAAAGCAAGUGUCAUCCAUGUGGAGUUCUGGAAUAUUUGAAGUAGUAUUCAUGAUACUAGAUUUGUCUUUCUAGUUAUGUUUUGUAUAAGUGAAUGAAAUUAUGUUGUUUCCCAUAUAAAAGUAGAAUCUGGGGAGUUAAAGAAGUCUGAAACCUCAGGAAAAUAACCUGGAGUGUCAGUUUCUUGAGCAGAGUCUAGGUAUGAGUAGCUGAACAUGUGCCAGUGUUCGUGCAGUAUUUUAAUUAGAAGACUUUGGAUACUAGAAAGCAUGCUGAAGAUUUCUUUGCACUUAGUCCUAUGCCCGUUACCGUUUAUUUAACACCCAUAGAGGCACACCAAGGAGAUUGUAGGAUGUGGCAGCCUGCUCUCCUGAGUACAGCUUGUGCUGAUGCAGGCUCCUUGGGAGCAGUACAGUUGCCCACCACCAUCGUUGGUCAUGGUGCCAUUUCUAGCCCUAAGGACGCUUUGUGGGAGGUUAUUGACAUUUCAACCAUUUGCAGUACAGCUCAAGUGAACAAAACAAAUACUGUGAUAGUUCAUUAGUCACCUUUGCUGACUUCUGGAUGGUGUGUGCACCUUAAUCCUACCUCUCUUCAGUCUGAGAGCUGGGCCUUCCUGAAUCUUCUUGUACUGUUUGUUGUUUCUUCAUGGUCAGUUAGUUGAAUGGAGUUGUAUUUUUCUUAAAUACUGUUUUCUUUUGAAUAAGUAGAAAACUUAGAAUAGCUUUAAUAUGGUAGCACUCAGGAGGCAAAAACAAAUGGAUCUCUGAGUUCUAAGCAAGCCAGGGUGACACUGUGAGAUCCUGUCUCAAAAAUAAAGAAAAAAAAAACAAUAAAAUAGCAACUUUAAAAACCAUUUGCAGAUUUUUAUUGUCAUACAUGCACAUUUAGGUGGUUUUUCCUUUCUUUUUCAAGCUUUGUAAAACGUAAUGCAAAGCCAAGCUGGUAGGUAAGGUAAAACACCAUAGUUUAAAGUGUCAAUUUAGAAGCUAGAGAGAUGGCUCAGCAUUUUAGAGCACUGGUUGCUCUUGCGAAGGACCUAGGUUCAGUUCCCAGCAUUUCUGUGGCAGCUCACAAUUCACAACUCCAGUUCCAUGGCAUCUGACACCUCUUUUGACCUCUGAGCAACAGGCACAAAUGUGGUGCACAGAUAUCCAUGCAGACAAAAUGUUAACACACAUAAAUAAUUUCUAAAAAGACAAAAUAUAAAUUUAUUACUGCUCCAUUUAUAUAGCAUAGCCUGUACUUUAUUUUUACAAGUAAAAUAUCUGAUAUUUAGAUAUUUCAGCCUGUUCUCACUUUCUUUUUUUUUCCUUCAGAGCUGAGGACAGGCCUUACGCUUGCUAGGCAAGUGCUUUCUCUACCACUGAGCUAAACCCCCAGCCCCUGUUCUCCCUUCUAAGGAGCAUUAUUAGUACUUGGAUCUCAGCCAGUGCUCGUCAGCCCCUCCUUGAUGUCAGCUCUUCAUUCCUUGGCCUCUUGUCUGUCAUCCCCACUUCACUCUGAGCAGACGGUGCAUCAGUGCUGGAGGGGGAGCAGGCUGUGUCCAGAAGGACACUUGUGUCCUCAGAGUACGGCUCUUAGUUCAGGCGUUUCUUUCCCCUAAGACGCUAACAACAGGUAGAAAUCUUAGGUGUCUAGUAGGAUGUCCUCUGGAUGUCAGGAGGUAGUGACUGGGGCAAUGCAGGAAACAGGGAGGCAGGAAGACAGUGUAGCAUAGUGGACAUGGGUGUGGACUUGAGAGGGAAGCAGACAUAGGUGAAAAGACCAGCCAGACCACCAGUUCGCUAUGAGACCCUGGGCUGGGUGGACUGGGCCUCAGUUUGAUCACACAGCACAGCCAUAGUGCACUUGUCUUGCUGGUUAACAUAAAGGUGAAGUGUAAUGCUGUGACACAGUGGUACAGGCUGAGUCUGCACACAUGGGUGCUCUGAAAAUGCGAGCCGACGGUUAAUGCAUCCCUGACACGUCCUUUGCU